CGCCUUUACGCACGUGAACCGCGGGCACAGUCCCUCUCCUUCAUCCCGCCCACAAGCGUCACCGCUUCAAAUCGAGGGAGAGGCAGAGGCAGAGGCAGAGUGGGGAGCAGAGAGAGGAGCGAGCUGCUCUCACACACUCAGAGCCGAGGCAGCGAGAGGAGCUCCGAGCGAGUGAGCGAGAGAGCGAGAGGUCCGCGCAGGGUUCUCCAGUGGCUUCUUCUUCUUCUUCUUUUUUUUUUUUUUUCUUGCAUGCACGGAGCCGCGCGCGUCCCGAGGAUCUAAAGAUGUGGACGGAAGUCGGCAAGCUCGUGCUGUUACAUAUGCUGCUCAUGGAGCUCCACUGCGCGAAAGGAACUCAUACGGAGUCAGAGUGUGAAACCGGGCAGUUUCAGUGCAAGAACGGACGGUGCAUCCCGACCCUGUGGAGGUGCGACGACGACGACGACUGCUCCGACAACAGCGACGAGGAGAACUGUCCAAAGAAGACGUGCGCAACCACGGACUUUGCCUGCAAGAACGGCCAGUGUGUCCCCGCUAGGUGGCGCUGCGAUGGCGAGCCCGAGUGUGCGGACGGUUCAGACGAGGCCGACGCCAUCUGCAGCCGACAGACCUGUCCGCCAGAGAAGUUUGAUUGCGGAGGGGCCUCCAACAAAUGCGUUUCGUUGUCAUGGCGAUGCGACGGAGAGAGGGACUGCGAGAACGGUGCAGACGAGGAGCAGUGCGCUGCAGAUGCCAAGGCCUGCCCCGCCAAAGACUUCCUGUGCGGCAACGGGAAGUGCCUGGCGCCGAUCUUCGUGUGCGACGGCGACGACGACUGCGGGGACGCCAGCGACGAGGAGAAGUGCUCGGCCCCCACCUGCGGGCAGCACGAGUUCCGCUGCAACGACUCCGAGUGCAUCCCCGCCCUGUGGAGCUGCGACGGCGACCCGGACUGCAAGGACAAGUCGGACGAGUCCAUGGAGCGCUGCAGCCGCCGGACGGAGCCCCAGAAGCCCCGCUGCCCGGUGGGCGAGUUCCAGUGCGGCAGCGGCGAGUGCGUCCACAUGAACUGGAAGUGCGACGGAGACGCCGACUGCAAGGAUAAGUCGGAUGAGGCCAACUGUCCCCUGCUCACAUGUCGCCCCGAUGAGUUCCAGUGUGGUGAUGGCUCCUGUAUCCACGGCACCAAACAGUGUAAUCGAGUGCACGACUGUCCGGACUACAGCGACGAAGCCGGCUGCGUUAACACUACAAAGUGCGACGGGCCCAGGAAGUUCCGCUGCAGGAACGGCGAGUGCAUCGACAGCGCCAAGGUGUGCGACAACGUGAAAGACUGCAAGGACUGGUCCGAUGAACCCAUCAAGGACUGCGGCCUGAACGAGUGUGCCGACAACAACGGCGGCUGCUCGCACAUAUGCAGGGACCGGGGAAUCGGCUACGAGUGUGACUGUCCCUCUGGCUACAAACUCCUGGACAAAAAGACUUGUGGAGACAUAGACGAGUGUGAGAAUCCGGAUGCCUGCAGUCAGAUCUGCAUCAACUACAAAGGGGAUUAUAAGUGCGAGUGCUACGAAGGCUACGAGAUGGACCCUGCCUCCAAGACCUGCAAAGCAGUGGGAAAGAGUCCGUGCCUGAUGUUCACCAACCGCCACGAGAUCCGCCGCAUUGACCUGCUGAAGAGCGAAUACACGCAGGUGGUCCCCACGCUGAAAAACGCCGUGGCCCUGGACGUGGACGUCUCCACCAACAAGAUGUUCUGGUGUGAUUUGUAUCAUCGUAAGAUAUACAGCGCUUACAUCAACAAGGCCAGUGACUCGUCGCAGCAGGUGACGCUCGUCGACUCGCUCCACUCGCCCGAGGGCCUCGCAGUCGACUGGGUGCACAAGAACAUCUACUGGACCGACUCGGGCAACAAGAGCAUCUCCGUCGCCACGGCCGACGGCCGGAAGAGGAAAGUGCUGGUCGCCACUGAGCUGAGUGAGCCGCGGGCCAUCGCGGUGGAUCCGCACCAAGGGUUCAUGUACUGGUCGGACUGGGGCGGUCAGGCCAAAAUCGAGAAGGCCGGGACGAACGGAGUGGACCGACAAGUCCUGGUGUCGGAGCACAUCGAGUGGCCCAACGGCAUCACGCUGGACUUGUCCAAUCGGCGUCUGUACUGGGUGGACUCCAAGCUGCACCUGCUGUCCAGCGUGGACCUGAACGGAGACAACCGCAAAGUGCUGCUGUCGUCCCAUCACCACCUGGGACACCCGUUUGCCCUCUCUGUGUUCGAGGAUCGCAUCUACUGGACAGACUUGGAGGACGAAGCGAUAUACAGCGCCAACAGACUGACGGGGCAUGACGUCGCGAAGGUGGCAGAGCACCUCAACAACCCCCUGGACCUAGUGGUGUUCCACGAGCAGAGGCAGCCGAAGGCCCCUGACACCUGUAACAUGGGCAGUCUGCCCAACGGUGGCUGUGAGUACCUCUGCCUGAAGGCCCCGCAGAUCACGGACCACUCCCCCAAGUACACCUGUGCCUGCCCCGAAGGCACGGAGCUGGGGCCGGACAUGAGGCGCUGUGCCAUCGUCCGACCCAGAACAACCACGACAGCUGCACCAACCACCAGCGCCGCCACGGCAACCACUACAACAAGCACCACGGCGACGAGCACAACCGUGUCCACCACCACGACUCCCCCCACCACCACCACCACCACAAGUACCACCGCAAGCACCAGCAGCACCCCUGCCGCCGCCACGCCGAGGCCCACGACCAGACGCCCGACGACGACGACGGCGACGACGACGGCGACGGCGGCAACGGCGGCCUCUCCCCAGAGACCCAGGAGCACCUCCACGGAGCAGCCUCGGACCCCCGCCGCCACCAGCACAGAGGCGACCAGGUUCAGCAGCACAAGGAAGGCGUCGACGACGUCCACACACACGCCGCUGUUGGGCCCCGUGGCCCCGAACAGCAUUCAGCGAGAGAGCAACGGCAACCUCUCCCACAGAGCUGCGAGCGACCACUACCUCAUAGGCAACAACAUCACGGUGGCCGUUCUGGGGAUCGUCAUUCCCAUCGUCCCUAUCCUUGCCACAGUGGUCAUCGGAUUGCUCUGCACCGGCGGGUACCUGGUGUGGCGCAACUGGCGGCGCAAGAACACCAAGAGCAUGAACUUCGACAACCCCGUCUACCGCAAGACCACGGAGGACGACGACGACGAGAUCAUCAUCGGACGGCACAGCGGGUCCAUCGGCCACGUCUACCCAGCACGCGUGGCACUCAGUCUGGAGGACGACGGCUAUCCCUGAGGGGUGGGAUGCAGCCUGCACACCCCCACACCCAAACCCGCCCACCCCCUAGUCCCCCGUCCUGGUUCCUCCUCCCACCACUGCACUGAGGCCAGCACAACGCAGAGGAGAAAGAGAAGGAGUCCUCAAUUUUUUUUUAUGCCUUCCCCCUUUCUCUCCCCACUUCCUCCGCUGGAGUAACAUUACUACCACUACUAUAUAGUACUACUACUUGCCUCCUUCGGUACUAGUUGUCAGUAGCCUCUGCUCCACUCCUCUCUUCUCUCUGCCUCUUGUUAGUCGUAGUUGUGUAAAAACAUUUUUUUUUUUAAUAAUUGCUGCUUGAUGAUUUUGUCCAAACUAACCUCAUUGGGCUUGUCUCAGUGCACAUUGUGAAUAGAAGGCUGCCUGGCUGCCGUGCAAUGGGAAGAAGCCAGCGUGCCAUUAUGUUUAAUUCCUCCGAUUAUUUAUUUGUCUGUGUUUUUUUGCCGUUGUAAAUAUGAACUCGGACGUGUCGGAAGUCUGCAAGGAUACCGGGUGGUAGGCAAGGACGUCAGCUUCCCUUUACAUCUUGAGUUGACAGCACAGAUUCUUCUUCUUCUUCUUUUUCUUUUUUUUUUUUUUUUGGAAGUAUCAUCCUUUCUCGCGCCCGACCCGUCAGAUUCGCCCCUCAACAUACUGCGUGUCGGGGGAGAAAUAUAAAUAUGGCCAAGGGGAAAGGAGACAUGAAGAUGAUGUGGUUGUCUCCCUUGUUUGGAGGUUAAAAAAAAAAAGUAUUUUUGUUUUAAAGGGGAUUGGGAGGAUUUGUGCCACCAGAGGGUAGUGCCUCAAGGCAAAGGGCAGCAGGGCGCAAAAAAGGCAAAGGAUUAUGGGUAAUCCCCUCCCCUGAUGUAGGAGGUGCGCGACGCGUGCAGUUCGUAACGGACUCGAGAUUGUCGGCCCGUUUGCGGAGAGCGCGUUAGGACUCGCGCCUCUUGCCGGCGGCUUUCUGUUUGCGCUUGCGUCCGCCACCGCGGCGGACCUUCAUGGGACCGUCUUGAGACGUUUUCGCAUUGCUUUGUUCGUCAUGGGUUUGUUUUGACAUUACUUCCUCCUAACUUAACUUUACACUUUCAGUGUCUUCUGAGCUACUGCCAGACGCAGACAUUGGUGUUUGAAUCUGAGCGCUGCCGGUGUUUCAGUGGCCACACGCCACUGGCUCUGCCGAUGAAUCUCUCAUCCCCUUUGUUGUCUAAGCCACGUUUAGAGGAAAUCACUGCCGCCGACUGUUCAACGUGGUCGUGAGCCGUCGCCGCUUUCGUUACGAACCGACGGCUGAUUCGCCGAGGCCGACUGGGGCCGAGCGCUGAUAUGAUGCGAAAAGCUGGAUGGAGAUGAAAAUGUGUCAACCAGCAUAAAGAGCCGAUCUUCCGCUGGCUCGCCACAGACACGCUUCCGGCCCAGUGAGCCGGAUGGAAUUUACGCCCAGUGAAUAUCGCAAUAAUUGCUCAUAAAUGUGUUGUGAUGUCGAAUUGCACGGAGCCGUUGUGGCAGAAUAGCAGGACAGCUGUUACCCGUCGUCGCGGCAAAUUGACAACCCUCCUAUUCGGGAUGUCGUUUUGUCUCCGUGGAGGGCGCCAGGACAAUGUCAAGCACAACUUGUUAUGCAUUCAACACAGUGCGGGGUGGUUUUUCUUCAUCUUAACUGUACAUAUCACACUUCAGUUCUUCCAAACGAUGGAUUCCGGCUGAGCUGGCCUCCAACGAGUGCUCCUGUCUGUCUCCUAUGAUGAACCUGAUAUGUGACUGAAUCAAAUUUUGCAAUGUAGUGCAAACAUUUCACAUAAGCUCAUUAUAUAUUAUCACUCCGCAUAUAUAUUCAUCACACAACGUGUAUACGAACAAGAGAAGAUUUGAUUGGCGUUAGUUAUUCCCACGGGCGUAGCACUGGGGCGGGGGGGGGGGACUACCCAGGGCACAAGUGUGGAGGGGGGCCCUGGAAAUCCUGGAAUUAAAAUGUGGUUGUUUUUUUUGUUGUAAUUAAUGUAAUUAGUGUCAUAACAUGAAUUAAGAAUUGGCUGAAUACAUUGGAUGAGAGACUGAACUAUGUAUUUCAAAAAAUACAGGAGGUUUCUCGGAGGGCCCACUCACCCCUGACGAGAGGCGCUAAUCACUCAGCUAAUGUACUGACCAGUGAUUCGCUCUUCUCUUCUUCUCCUCUUCUCAGUUUGCACAUCAGGGCCAUUUGUUUGUUCCUGUGUGUGUGUGUGUGUGUGUGUGUGUGUAGAGCGACACGCCGGGUAAAUGGCAGUUCUGUUCUGUCUGUCUGAGGAAGGAGCAUUGAGCACCAGGGGAAGGCCUUCUCCCUCCGUCUCAACCUUGAACGGAUGAGGCGAAAUGAGAGGCAUUACAUGGUGGCGGGAGACUGUGACUCAGCUCAGCGUGACCCCGGGCUGGUUUCUUUAGGCCCCUGCGGUGCUUUUGGUUUUAAGGCAGGAAUUUAGGAAUUGACAUGCCCGGAAAAAAAAAAACAGUUUCAAGCGACGCGACCCCACUUCUUUGGUAUGAACUCUGGUCACUUGUAAUAUCAUCAGGGCGUAUUAUGGCCGUGGGAAUUGUUAUGAAUGCUCCUUUUAUAUAUAUAUAAAUAUAUAUAUAAACCUUGCCUGAAGGAAAAGAUGAAGUUAUUUAUGAAAGAUGCCUCGAAGGACACACUGGCAACUGAUGAACCCUCUGCCGGAUUGAACCCAGGGCUGAGUCCGCUUCCGCGCUCCGCCACUUUCCCCCCUCGUGUCCAUGUGUUUUUUGCUGCAGGUCUAAUGGAGUUCCAGACCGAGCGGUCUUUAGGAGUCGGGAGGAUAAAUUGCUUAUUUAUUGAGGCGAGUGAGCGUGGCGUUGUGGAAAACGUAUUAUUGCUACAGUGCGGAGGCAGAUUGGCCGAUCCGUUUUUGCGGCCACCUUGAGAAGCUCGGAAGGACGUCGAAGGAUAUAUAUAUAAUAAUAUAAUGGGUAGUAAUCGCAGUGGUGGUUCACUUGUGCUUUCUAAUCAUUGCUCUGAUGUCUUCGUCGUCGUCGUCGUCGUAUUUUUAUACCAUGGGUCAACCCCAUUAACAGCAGACUCAGUCAUGAGGAUCGGCUUGAGCACUUGUCGACUACGGAUGCUUUGGCCUCACUUUUGGGGGGGUUGUCAUGCCGUCCGUCUUCACGGUUCAUGUAGCUGACGCAUUUAACAGAUAUAUACCUCAAGUAACAAUCAGUGGGACUAAAUCACCAAAUAAUAUCACUUAGUCGAGCACGGUUUGCUAUUUCCAACUCACUUCUUUUUUUGUAGGAAUACUUUUAACUCUGAACCACCUUUUCCAUUUAUAUAUAUAUAUAUAUAUAUAUAUAUAUAUAUAUACAUAUAUAUAAAAAUGUUUUGGAGGGUUUUUUUUGUAAGUUUAGAGAGGACUUUGUUAGCAGUUAAGUUUGAUGUAUCUCUUGACCCAUCUGUCUUAGGGAUCUCAAUUGAUUGGUUUUGUCUUGGGACAGCACUGUUUCCUAGCAACAGAUUUGCACAUCACCAUUGGUGAAACCAGAUUUCGCAAAAAACACUAGUUUCAGUUGUUUAGUGAACACACACACACACAGACACACACACAGACACACACGCGCGCACGCACGCUUGACACGAGCGAUCUGUCAUGACAGGUCAAAACUAAAUAACGCCGUGGCCGGGGCGGCUCAGUGGAUAGAGCAGGCACACAUAUACCUUGAGGUUUAUGCCUCGAUGCAGAGGUCCAGGGUUGGCAUCCGACCUGUGACGACUUCCUGCAUGUCUUCCCCCCUCUCUCACCUAGCUGUCCUGUCGAAUUGAAGGCGGAAAAGGCCCAAAAAGACCUCAAACCGUCCAUGACGCCGCUGCGUCUGUUGUAUUCAAUGGAGAAGAUGUCGCAUGUUAUUGGCUGAUCGAGUCAAAUACUAACGGUCCUAAUAACCGGUUAUCUCGUGUAAUUAUAGUGUUUCCUGAUUCGCGCUCCCCGUUUCUAACUCUCCUGUCGCUUGUCCUCUUUCUUUUAAUCUCUCACCAACGCUGCUGUAACGUGGACGCAGUGCAUCAUCGCUCACAUCUCCCCGCCACCUCACACACAUUGUCCGACUAGCGCCGGCUUGUUGUCCUACUGGGGUUUAGUUUGGAGACGCUGAAGUCAGCGUUGCUCUCUCGGCUGUGCGCCCUUCAUUCUCCGUCCCCUGCCCAUCUCCAUCUCUAAGCCAUCGUCAUCUUUUCAUCCGGCAAAGGGCUUAUCGGCUAUCAUGGCGCACACUGGCAGAAUGGGAAUACAAAAAAAAACCAACAACAACACUGUACGAAAUGACCUGGAACUUAAGAAAAAAAAAAAAGAACAAGGAAAG